AUGGACGACCUUUAUGAUGAGUUUGGUAAUUACAUCGGCGAUGCGGAAUCGGACGAGGAGCACCAUGAAGAUGUGCAGCCUCAAGCCUUCAAGUUCGACGAGGCGUUUGAUGAAGAAGAAGAAGAGGAUAUUAAUAAUCAACAGUUGAUGGAAGUUGAUGAGGGCCCUUCAAAUGCAGUUAUACUGCACGAAGACAAGCAAUAUUAUCCCAGCGCACAGCAAGUCUACGGCGAAGAUGUGGAAACCAUGGUCCAGGAGGAAGAUGCUCAACCAUUAUCAGAGCCGAUCAUCGCGCCCGUUCAACAAAAGAAGUUUGCGAUCGCAGAGACUGAACUUCCACCCGUACAUUUCUCACGAGAGUUCAUGUCCGAUCUGUUGAAUUUCCCAGCGCAAAUAAGAAACGUUGCAAUUGUUGGCCAUCUACAUCAUGGAAAGACUGCAUUUAUGGAUAUGCUGGUCAAACAAACGCACGACUUCACAGAGCGGCUGGAAAAGCGCAUGGGACGAAAGAGAGAAGAGCAGCUUCGAUACACUGAUGUCCAUUUCUUGGAGAGGGAGCGCGGCCUUUCAAUCAAGUCAGCACCAAUGAGUCUCGUUCUCCAAGGGACCAAAGGAAAAUCCCAUUUGUUCAACCUCCUUGAUACCCCUGGGCAUGUGAACUUUGUCGAUGAAGUGGCUGCCUCUAUCCGCCUAGCUGAUGGUGCGGUGCUAGUUGUCGACGUGGUAGAAGGUGUCCAGGCGAACACUGAGCAAAUUAUCAAGCAUGCAGUCUUGGAGGACCUCCCCUUGACCUUGGUCGUCAACAAGAUGGACCGACUCAUUCUCGAGCUCAAACUUCCCCCAAAAGAUGCAUACUUCAAGAUGAAACAUGUGAUUGAAGAGGUCAACACGAUUAUUCAGAACAUCUUGCCAGAACAAGGUGAGCGACGACGAUUGAGCCCCGAGAAGGGCAAUGUUGCGUUCGCAUCAAGCUCGAUGAACUGGUGCUUUACAUUGCAAUCGUUUGCCCGGAUGUACGCAGACACUUAUCCGAGCUUGGACUCGACGGAAUUCGCUGCGCGACUUUGGGGCAACAUCUUCUACAAUCCCAAAAGCCGAAAAUUCACUCGCACCAAAGUAGAGGAGAACGCAAAUCGGACAUUCGUCACGUUUAUCUUGGAGCCCAUUUACAAGCUCUAUUCACAUACCUUAAGUGAGAGUCCUGAAGAUCUGAAAGAAACUCUGGCUAGCGUCGGCGUCACUUUGAAGCCUUCCCAGCUCAAGACCGACGCGAAGGAACUGCUCAGUCUUGUCUGCGAGCAAUUCUUCGGCCCCGCAGCUGGGUUUGUUGACAUGGUAGUUCAGCAUGUUCCUUCUCCAGUGGAAGGUGCCCAGCGAGCGUUGGAGAGAUACUACACUGGCCCCGUGGAUACAAAGGUCGGGGCAUCUAUGCUUGCUUGUGAUCAAGAUGGGCCUCUUGUUGUUCACGUAACCAAACUCUUCAGCAGUACAGAUGCUGGAAACUUCUACUCGUUUGGAAGAAUUAUGAGUGGCACCGCGCGGCCUGGUCAACGGGUCCGUGUACUGGGCGAGGGCUACACACCAGAGGACGAGGAAGAUAUGGCCCUGGCGACCAUCUCCGAGACGUGGAUUGCGGAAACGCGUUAUAACAUCUCUACCAGCGGUGUUCCCGCCGGAAACUGGGUUCUAUUGGGUGGCGUCGACAACUCUAUUGUCAAGACCGCGACACUUAUGGGGCAUGAUAAUGAUGAGGAGGCACAUAUCUUCCGCCCAAUAAGGCACAUGACCGAAUCAGUGUUUAAGGUCGCUGUUGAGCCCGUGAAUCCCUCAGAACUCCCUAAGAUGUUGGAUGGGUUGCGAAAAAUCAACAAGAGUUACCCCCUCAUUUCAACCAAGGUUGAAGAGUCUGGUGAGCAUGUGGUUCUGGGAACCGGCGAGCUCUACAUGGACUGUGUGCUUCAUGACCUCCGAAAGCUGUUCUCGGAGAUGGAAAUCAAGGUUUCUGACCCCGUCACACGUUUUUGUGAGACUGUCGUGGAAACCUCGGCCAUGAUGUGUUACUCAAUCACCCCAAACAAAAAGAAUAAGAUUACCAUGAUUGCGGAGCCCUUGGAUGAUGGGAUUGCGGAGGACAUCGAGAAUGGCAAAGUCAGCAUCAAGGACCCUAUUCGGAAGGUUGCUCGAUACUUUGAGGACAACUAUGAUUGGGAUAAGCUUGCAGCUCGAAGCAUCUGGGCGUUUGGACCCGAUGAAAUGGGUCCCAAUAUUCUCCAGGAUGACACAUUGCCCUCUCAAGUGGAUAAGAAAGUUCUCGGAACCGUCAGAGAUUCCAUUACCCAAGGCUUCAGCUGGGGUACACGGGAAGGUCCUCUUUGCGAAGAACCCAUUCGAAACACAAAGUUCAGGCUCACGGAUGUGUCCCUGGCCGACCAGGCUAUCUACCGCGGUGGAGGCCAGAUUAUUCCCACAGCCCGCCGUGCUGUAUACUCGUCGUUCCUCAUGGCAUCCCCGCGCCUUAUGGAGCCAAUCUAUUCUUGUACGAUGACUGGACCUGCAGACGCCGUGGCUUCGGUGUAUACAGUCUUGUCACGCCGAAGAGGCCACGUCCUGUCAGACGGCCCUAUUGCGGGGACACCACUUUACUCUGUGCGUGGUUUGAUCCCAGUGAUUGACUCAUUUGGCUUUGAGACCGAUCUCCGAAUCCACACGCAAGGUCAGGCUAUGGUAAGCCUUGCAUUUGACAAGUGGAGUGUGGUACCAGGUGACCCACUGGACCGUGAUGUCAAACUCAAACCUUUGGAGAUGGCCCCUGCGAUGGCGACUGCCCGAGACUUUGUUUUGAAGACACGGAGGCGCAAGGGUCUGGCGGAGGAUGUUACAGUGAGCAAGUUUUUGGAGCCGGAGCUUUGGAAAGGCUUAAAAGAAAGCGGUGUUCUUGACUCAUGA